GCCAGCCUGUGGGUGGAGACAGAGCUAGGACUGCUCCCUAUAAAGAGCGGGAGAGAAUCGAGUCUGUGGCUUCCACAAGUUUAAGGGAUCAGUCAUGGCUGCAGAAGCAAAGCAGACUUGUUACGAGGGCAGUGCAGUGCAAAGCUUCCAGUUCUACCUGGAGCAUUCUGGAGAGCAUGAGGCCAUUGUGCAGGGCGUCCACAGCAUCCUGCCAGCCCAAUUUAAAAGAAUUGGAGCAGGUAAAAGUGGUCUGGAUGUUCUUGGUGUUGGAAGUGGUGGAGGGGAGGUGGACGUCCAGAUGCUUUCUCUGCUGCAGUCCACAUUCCCCACUGUUCCCAUCACCGCUGACAUUGUGGAGGGCAGCGCGGAGCUCACAGAAAACUUUAAAGCUUUGGUAGCAAAGACCACCAGCCUCCAGAAGGUCCAGUUUGCUUGGCACAUCAUGCACAGCGGGGACUAUGAGAAGAAAGUGAAAGUGAAGGGAGACGUGAAAAAGUUUGACUUCAUACACAUGAUCCAGAUGAUCUACUAUGUGGAUAACGUUGAUGACACCAUCAAGUUCUGCCACAGCCUUCUGAAAAACAACGGCACACUCAUGAUCAUCGUUGAAGAAGCCCACAGCGGCUGGGACACCCUGUGGAAGACGUUCGAGAAGGAGCUCUGCGUCGACACCAUCCCGGAGUCCCGCUCGUCAGCAGAGGUGAUCUCCAGCCUGAAGAGCCAGGGCCUGAAAUACGAGGAGCACAUCAUCCAAAACACCUUUGACAUCACCGAGUGCUACGAUCCAAACAGCACCACGGGGGCACGUUUGUUGAGUUUCAUGACACAGACAAAGAACGUCCACCAGUCCCUGUCCCAGGAAGUCAGAGCUGGAAUCCUGGAGCUCCUCAGGAACAAGUGCAGCACGACUCCCCAUCUGUUCACCAUACCAGUAAGUCAAGUAAGAGCAUUUUGUUUGAUCCCUCCUCGGCUCUUCCUGCACCUGACACAUCCAGGUGAGAACGAACACAUUGAAGUGGGUCAACAAACAAACUGAAGGAGGUCAAGGGCAGAUCUCAAGUAUAAGUCAGGUCAGAACCAAUAUCUCCAGGACCUCCAUGACAUCUGCCCUCAGCACAACCUGAAGUCAUCUGGCCGUGUGGUGGCCUUCUUGAGUACCAGUAAGAAUAAACAUAUAAUAUAACAAUAAACAUAAACAUGAGCUUGUC